AUGAGUACACUCCGGCUUCCUGUCCCCGGACACAAUGAAUUAACAGGCGCCUGUAUCAAGAAGGGUACGAAAAAUGGCGCUCGUAUCAAGAAGGGUACGAAAAAUGGCGCCCGUAUCAAGAAGGGUACGAAAAAUGGCGCCCGUAUCAAGAAGGGUACGAAAAAUGGCGCCCGUAUCAAAAAGGGUACGAAAAAUGGCGCCCGUAUCAAGAAGGGUACGAAAAAUGGCGCCCGUAUCAAGAAGGGUACGAAAAAUGGCGCCCGUAUCAAGAAGGGUACGAAAAAUGGCGCCCGUAUCAAGAAGGGUACGAAAAAUGGCGCCCGUAUCAAAAAGGGUACGAAAAAUGGCGCCCGUAUCAAGAAGGGUACGAAAAAUGGCGCCCGUAUCAAGAAGGGUACGAAAAAUGGCGCCCGUAUCAAGAAGGGUACGAAAAAUGGCGCCCGUAUCAAGAAGGGUACGAAAAAUGGCGCCCGUAUCAAGAAGGGUACGAAAAAUGGCGCCCGUAUCAAGAAGGGUACGAAAAAUGUUGAUGGCGCCAAGAACGCAAGAGAAAUACUGAAAGCGUGGAGAACAAGACAGACAAACAGACCGACUAUGGACACCUUCCACCCCGAGACCUGGAAGAAUGCUAUAUACCUUAUACUGCACAAAAACAUCUAA